GCCGUGACCAUGACCCCCGCGAGCCGCCGUAGGUCCCGGGGGCCGCUGGCUGGCCCUCGCGGGCCGCCGUAGGGGCGCCCUCCCGAAGCUGCGCUCUCAAAAUGGCCACUGGGCCUGGCACCCCGACGCGCUGGGGCUGACCGCCGGGCAGCCGCCCUCCUCCCCGCCACCCCCCGUGACACAGUCCGUGGUUCCGGAGGCCGGGGGCGGCGCCCGCACCGUCUCUCGGGGCCCUUCCGGGGAUGGGCCCCGGCGCCGCGUCGGUCCGGCUCGGCCCAGGCUCCUCCCCGCUCGGUCGGGCGCUCCGCCGAGUCCCCGCCCGACAGUCCGCCCGGCCCGGCCGGCCGCAGACGGGGCCUGGGCGGCCGCGCGGGGCACUCGGAAGCUCGAGGUGUCCGUCGGGAGGUGUCGGCGCUGCCGCUGGCCCGCCACGGGACCCGGCGCACAGGACGGCGGCACCAUGUUCUCGCUCAAGCCGCCCAGACCCACCUUCAGGUCCUACCUCCUGCCGCCGCCGCCUCAGACCGACGAUAAGAUCGAUUCGGAACCGAAGAUCAAAAAACUGGAACCAGUCCUUUUGCCAGGAGAAAUUGUUGUAAAUGAAGUCAAUUUUGUGAGAAAAUGUAUUGCAUCAGACACAAGUCAAUAUGAUUUGUGGGGAAAGCUGGUUUGCACUAACUUCAAAAUCUCCUUUAUUACGGACGACCCAAUGCCUUUGCAGAAAUUCCAUUACAGAAACCUCCUUCUUGGAGAACAUGAUGUCCCUUUAACGUGUAUUGAACAAAUUGUAACAGUAAAUGACCACAAAAGGAAGCAGAAAGUACUCGGGCCUAAUCAGAAACUGAAAUUUAAUCCUACAGAGUUAAUUAUUUAUUGUAAAGAUUUCAGAAUUGUCAGAUUUCGCUUUGAUGAAUCAGGUCCUGAAAGUGCCAAAAAGGUAUGCCUUGCAAUAGCUCAUUAUUCCCAGCCAACAGACCUUCAGCUACUCUUUGCAUUUGAAUAUGUUGGGAAAAAAUACCACAAUUCAGCAAAUAAAAUUAAUGGAAUACCCUCUGGAAGUGGAGGAGGCGGAAGUGGAGCUGGUGGUGGCAGCAGCCCAAAAACUCCGCUGUUUGAAACGUACUCCGACUGGGACAGAGAAAUGAAGAGGACUGGGGCUUCGGGUUGGAGAGUUUGUUCUAUUAACGAGGGUUACAUGAUAUCCACGUGCCUUCCAGAAUACUUCGUAGUGCCAAGUUCAUUAGCAGACCAAGAUCUAAAGGUCUUUUCUCAUUCUUUUGUUGGAAGACGGAUGCCACUCUGGUGCUGGAGUCACUCCAAUGGCAGUGCCCUUGUGCGAAUGGCCCUCAUCAGAGAUGUGCUGCAGCAAAGGAAGAUUGACCAGAGGAUUUGUAAUGCAAUAACUAAAAGUCACCCACAGAGAAGUGAUGUUUACAAAUCAGAUUUGGAUAAGACCUUGCCAAACAUUCAAGAAAUACAGGCGGCAUUUGUUAAACUAAAACAACUAUGCGUUAAUGAGCCUUUUGAAGAAACGGAAGAGAAAUGGUUGUCUUCACUAGAAAGUACCCGGUGGUUAGAAUAUGUCAGGGUUUUCCUUAAACAUUCAGCAGAACUUGUAUACAUACUAGAAAGCAAACGUCUCUCUGUAGUCCUACAAGAGGAGGAGGGAAGAGACUUGAGCUGUCUGGUGGCUUCUCUCAUUCAAGUGAUGCUGGAUCCUCACUUUAGGACGAUCACUGGGUUUCAGAGUCUGAUUCAGAAGGAGUGGGUUAUGUCAGGAUACCCGUUCCUGGACAGAUGCAACCAUUUAAAGAGAUCGGAGAAAGAGUCUCCGUUAUUCUUGCUCUUCCUGGAUGCCACGUGGCAGCUGUUGGAACAGUACCCAGCAGCCUUUGAGUUCUCGGAGACUUACUUAGCAGUGCUGUGCGACAGCACCCGGAUCUCCCUGUUCGGCACUUUCCUCUUCAACUCGCCCCACCAGCGGGUGAAGCAGAGCACCGAAUUUGCUAUAAGUAAAAAUAUUCAGUUGGGUGAUGAAAAGGGCUUAAAAUUCCCCUCAGUUUGGGACUGGUCGCUUCAGUUUACGGCAAAAGACCGCACACUUUUCCAUAACCCCUUCUACAUUGGGAAAAGCACGCCUUGUGUGCAGAACGGCUCGGCCAAGUCUGUGAAACGGACAAAGAAAAGCUACAGCUCCACCCUCCGAGGAAUGCCACCGUCCCUCCGGAACGGACUCCUCAGCGAGCACAAUUCACUGCCCAGGAGAAACUCCCUCAUCCUAAAACUGAAGCCGGAGCCGCCUCAGCACAGCACUGGCCAGGGCAGCGAUACGGAGCAGUACUUCGCAGCAUGGUUCUCCAAGCCAUGCAACCUGCACGGCAUGAUUCUGCCACAUCUGUCUGGGAUGCACAUCAAACUCUGGAAGCUGUGCUACUUCCGCUGGGUCCCUGAGGCACAGAUCAGCCAGGGUGGCUCCAUCACUGCCUUCCACAAACUCUCUCUGCUGGCCGACGAAGUGGAUGUGCUGGGGAGGAUGCUGCGGCAGCAGCACGGCGGCCCCCUGGCAGCCUGCUACGGCGAGCUACAGCAGAGCCGGCUGUACUUCCGAGCCAGCGGCCCGCUGGAGGCUGCGACCACGCCCGAGUUCCUCUGCUCCUCCUUCCCUUUCUCUCCUGUCGGCAAUCUGUGCAGACGAAGCAUCUCGGGAACGCCACUAAGCAAGUUUUUAAGUGGGGCCAAAAUUUGGUUAUCUACUGAGACACUAGCAAAUGAAGACUGAAGCGUAGUAUUUUUCUAAAUAUUCUGAAGGAAGCUGUAAAUUUUUUUUGCCUCUAAAUUAGAAGUGCUAACCCAGGCAUUUAAACCUUUGAUAACUUUUACCUGUAAGAAAAACAGGUGGAAUUUGCACUAGUAUUUGGAAACAUUGAAUCAUGCUUCCUUCAGUUUUAUCUGUAGCCUUUUUAUGUCCUCUCUCUGUCUUUGUAGGUGUGGCAAGGCAGGCACGCAGUCCCCACUCCUGUAGCUGUGAUGAAGUGAAGCAGGCUUUGUCUGCUGUUUGUCUGUUCUUACUACCUACUGAAGGUUCCUUGGUUUGAUCGGGUUAGCAAGCCAAAGCAGCAGACACCAGAUGAGUGGGAUAAUGUUUUCAGAAACGUCUGGUAGAAGCCACCAGGCGUUACGAGGUGUAUUCCUGUGUCUUUGGUCCCCUCUGUACCUCUAGUUGAACGCACCAGAUGGGGUUUCAGUGUUCCCAGGCCAGAAUUUACCGUGUUAAGAUCACUUUGCUUGGGAUCUUAUGACUGUGUUUUCAAAUCUUGAGUUUGCUUUGAACAGUCACACAGGACUAUUUAAAAUGACAUGCACUGUUAACUUUAAAAGCGUUUGCCGUAGAUAACACAAUUAAACCUACAAGUGCCUUUAACAUUAAAAUAUAAGUAAUAAUUCACUUUUCAAAUUGGGGAGUUAAAAUCCCCCUACAUAUUGGAAACAUUUUAACAAGCUUCAUUCUUACAACCCAGAGUCCCCGCACCUGGAAGCCUACAAAGGCCAGCCUGUGGGCGUUCAUCCCAGGAGGCCCCUUGGAGCCCCAGGGCCAGAGUGCAGCCCCAGCCCUGGCAGGGCUC